AUGAUUACAAAAACUUCCAACAAAAGGUGCUGUAAACAAGAGGUAGAAGCAAUGCCAGUCAAAAUGKUCAAACUCCCGAGCAUCAAUGAUUUUCCACGACCAGUGGCUGUAUAUCCAUUGCAUUCUUCAAUUGGAUUAAUUGAUCCGCCCAAUAAAGGAGAAGCUUAUAACAUAUCGAAUUCAGAUUGGUUGAAUGGAUCUUAUUACUUCCAUGGAUUAGCGAACAGCUUCAUUCAUAUUGAUCAUAAUGGCACACUUGAUCUCAUGUACUCUAUAACAAUCACUGCGUGGAUAUUUCCUCAGGGAAAUUCAGGAUCUAUACUCAACUACAGAAAUGGGACCGGUAUAGAAAUGUUUGAUCAAAAAUACCUUUUCGGAGAAUUAGUAUUUAAAGASCACAAAUAUUACACAAGAGAAUACCUAAAGCUAUCAGGCUUGGAAAAUGRAACUUGGAACUUUGUUGGCAUUUCGUACGAUUUUCUGACAGGAUAUGGCAAGCUGUUUAUUGGGAAUAAGAGUACGUCAAGAAAAAUUGGCAAUAGAAAGUUAUUGGCUACUGACAAUGUUAUUCAAAUUGGUUCCUCUUUCAAAGGUGGAAUAUCUCAAGUUCUGUUUUAUGAUGUUUCUUUGAACAACUCGGAAAUACUUCAAUCCAUGGAACGUUCAAUGGACUUGGAAAAAAUAACUUGCAAUGGUGGAUUCGUUCCAAUUCUAGGAAGAUGCUUCUAUUUUGUUCAUUCAAAGGUCGAUCAAAAUGCUGCUUCUCAGAAUUGCAGUAAUCAUCAAGCCAGACUGGCUGUAAUUGACAGAAUAUAUAUUAAGAAAAGCAUCACUUCAUAUCUUCAAAACUUCACAUAUUUCAUUGGCCUUACCAAAGAAAAGUUUGUAUCAGAAAGUAUUGAUGCCAGCAAAACCAAGAACCUUACACAAAGCAAUUUGCUUCGCAUAGCAAGUUACAAGGAUAUCGUGGGUAAUAAAAAUAAUCGCUUAUCACUUUUAGGAAUUUGCAGAAAGAACGAAAUGAACAGAGCAUUCAAUAGUGCAGUAAAGUCUUCAAAUUCACAAGCUGGAUUCGACUCAAGACAUGCAGUAGAUGGAAUGUUGGAAACGUGCUUCAUUAGUUCAGCAGUAAAGGCAUAUCUCCAAAUAGAGUUGAGAGAAUCCUUGCGCAUUCAUAAAGUUAACAUCAUAAGUCAUGACGAUUGUUGUAACAUUCAACGCCGCUUCCAAGUAAUAGCAACAGAUAUCCAAAACAGACAAGAAUAUUGCAUUCGGACUGGAAAAGGAGAAUUUGAUGAGCACUUCAUUUUUAAAUGCUCUCCAUGGAAACGUACAAUACAGUUAAAAGUAAACGCUUCAGACUUGAAUUUUUCUUUUACAAUUUGCGAAGUAGAGAUUUUCAGUAUUGAUGAUCUACAUGGCGUCACUCAACACGUAUGGCUAUUGCCAACAAGAAAUCUAAAUUUUGACAAUUUUAUGAAACAAAACACUAUUUCACUUAAUCCUGACUUCACGGAUGCGAUACAUGAUUUCAGUGCACCUCAGAAUGUCCUUGACAACUUCGGUCAACACUUGACGGCGUAUAUGCAGGUUCCUGAAAGUGGGUUCUAUACAUUUUAUCUAAAUUGUGACGACAAAUGCAAGUUAAUUUCCAGAAUAACACACGAUGUCAUUCUGACUCAGCAUAUAAUAACAAUACUUGAAAUUGAACGCGCGAAAGAAGCAACAACCGAAGAGAAGAU